AUGGCAUUCAGAGACAAGCCAAAAAGACAUUGGAUUAUUCCACAAGAGUGCCUUUCUCCAGAGGAUCUAGUCCUUGGGAGCAUUCUCAAAUACCCCGAUGACCCGAUUGAUAUACUCAACCGAAAAGAAGUUGAGCCAAUUGACCCCUCGGCCCUUGUCAGCGAACGCGAGCAAGUCACCAAGAGCUUCACAGACGCGCUGGAUACUGGGUUUGGCUCCAAGAUUGGAGCAUCAUCUGUCCUCGCUGCUGUACUGGGUGCCUCUCCAUUCAUUGAAGGAAAUUGGUCCAAAAGCAUAUCCUUCACCAUUGAGGCGAAGAAUGUUCGAGCGCAACGAUUUAUCCCGUCGGUGGCUUAUGUUAAUAAGGCAAUGCGUACAGAGCAAGUCGAUAGCUUUGUUCGCAAUUCCUUGUUUAGCGCUCCAAUUUACAUGGUGGUUGGAAUCACUAUCGCAAAGACCGUGUCACGGACAGCAGAACGAUCUCAUGACAGAGGUGGAGGUGGAGGUAUGGGAAUAGGGCCGCCAGGCACAGGAAUUGAGGUGUCUGGAGAAUUGACAGCAAACCAUGGGGUGCAAUCAACCUACCAUGAUUUGGUCGAGGAUGAGGUCGUUCUGGCAUAUCGUUUGCGAAGAUUUCGAUACUCUAAAAGGAAGGACGAGUUCAGAAGGGCGAAGCAAGAUGAGACCAAGCAUACUCGCUACACGGUGGAAAAGUUGCUGAGAUCCAAGGUUGACGUUGAAGAGGAUGACGACGACACUUACGUUCCUACAUUUUCUUACUUUGAAGGAGAUGAUGUUGUCGCUUCUGAUGUAGAAAUGGCAGGAUUUACAGAAGGUACUGACGAUCAAGAUUCUGAUGAUGCCUACUAG